AUGUUUAUCGGAUUCUCCCCAUAUGCUCCUACCUAUGGCUCACAUUUUCCGCGUACUGCACAGGGCAAGGUUGCCGAGUUGCGAACCGAGCUGCAAAGCGGCGGCAAGAAAGACAAGAAUUACUCGGCCAAAAAGAUCGCCUUGAAGAAGAUCGUUGCGAAUAUGACUAUGAGCAAUAAUGAUAUGGUUGCGCUGUUCCCCGAUGUCAUCGAGUGCAUGAACCUGCCAAGUUUGGAGAUUAAGAAGAUGUGCUUCUUGUUCUUGGUGAACUAUUCCAGGAUGAAGCCAGAGGUCGCCUUGAAGGCACUACCUACUCUAGUCGAGGAUAUGGGAGACAAUAACCCUCUAGUCCGAGCGCUUGCCCUACGAACUAUCUCAUAUGUCCAUGUGCGCGAAUUCGUUGAAGCAACGUUCCAACCUCUCAAGCGCCUCAUGCAGGACAAUGAUCCUUACGUCCGCAAAACAGCUGCCUUUUGCGUCGCAAAACUCUACGAACACGAUAAGAAAACGGUGGAAAAUUCCGAUUUGAUUGAUCGCUUGAAUCGAAUGCUUAAAGAUGAGAACCCGACAGUCGUCUCCAGCGUGCUGGCUUCGUUGGUGGAUAUCUGGGGUCGAAGUGAAUCGAUCUCGUUGACCAUCGACUAUACCAGUGCUUCCAAGCUGGUCUCGAUUUUACCGGACUGCUCUGAAUGGGGUCAAACCUACAUUCUCGAAGCCUUGAUGUCUUAUGUUCCCCAGGACACUGCCGAAGCACUUCUGCUGGCCGAGCGAGUAACUCCACGGCUAUCUCAUUCAAAUUCUGCAGUCGUUCUCACUUCCUGCCGUGUAAUCCUCUACUUAAUGAACUACAUCUCCGACAAAAAGCACAUUACCUCACUAAGCAAGAAAAUGUCACCGCCUCUCGUCACUCUCCUCGCCAAACCCCCAGAGAUCCAGUACCUCGCUUUGCGGAAUGCCAUCCUCAUCCUCCAAAAGAGACCUGAAGUUCUGCGAAAUGACAUCCGGGUAUUCUUCUGCAAUUAUAACGACCCCAUCUACGUCAAGGUGACAAAGCUGGAGUUGAUGUUCAUGCUGACCACUAAAGAUAAUAUCUCGGUGGUCCUAGCGGAGCUCCGAGAAUAUGCCACUGAAAUCGAUGUCCAUUUUGUGCGCAAGGCAGUCCGUGCCAUUGGAAAACUUGCAAUCAAGAUCGAGUCAGCCGCGAAACAAUGUAUCGAUACAUUGUUAGAACUGGUGGAUGCAAAGAUUCCCUACAUUGUUCAAGAGGCCACAGUUGUGAUUCGCAACAUUUUCCGCAAAUACCCCAACCAAUAUGAGAGCAUCAUCAGCCACGUGAUACGCAACAUUGACGACCUGGACGAGCCCGAGGCAAAGGCAGCCAUUAUCUGGAUCAUCGGUCAAUAUGCAGACCGAAUCGACAAUUCAGACGGUCUUCUACAAGAUUACUUGGCUACCUUCCACGACGAAACGAUCGAAGUGCAGCUAGCUUUGCUCACAGCCACCGUCAAGCUUUUCAUUCAACGGCCGACCAAGGGUCAGCAGCUCGUGCCCCAGGUGCUGAAGUGGUGCACGGAGGAAACAGAUGAUCCCGAUCUACGAGAUCGUGGCUACAUGUACUGGCGUCUUCUUUCGACCGACCCCGCAACCGCGAAGCAAGUCGUCAUGGGCCAGAAGCCGCCUAUCACAGCCGAAAGCGAGAAACUCGACCCUCGCACACUGGAGGAACUCUGUUUGAACGUUGGCACUCUCGCCACCGUCUACCUGAAGCCCAUCCAUCAGGUGUUCCGCGCAGCGCGACCUCGUCGUUUACAACCCAGUCCGGCUCUCCAAAGACCCCGCAUCGAGGAUGGCACCGCCAGCAUGCUUGAAUACAACCCUCCCACAGCCAACGUCGCUCCAGCAUCAACUAGUAAUAGUGGCCUUGCCACAAUCACUACAACGGGCAACCCGAUCAGUCCGAUCAAUGCUCCUCCUCCGCCCAGCUUCCCUCUUGGCGUCGACCCUACUGCUGGCACGGGUACAAGCCCCGGUUCUGCUGCUAUCAACGCGGCAGAUUCCUAUUUCAAUGGCAUUGGAUCGCAGCAAAUGGCUCAAAUGAACCUAGGCGGUCGUGAUGAUGGUGAUAUAGGUGGUGGUGGUGCCCAAAAUCAAUAUGUCGUGACGCAAAACUCCCAGCAGGUCUACCAGGGCCAACUAGCUGGUGGAGCAGCUACGGGUGAGUUGCUGCUACUCUAA